AUCAGGCUCGCGCUAUUCGGUGGUUGUCUCGCGUGAAGCAUCAUGUAACAACAGGCGGAUGACAAAUCCUGCUACACCCGCGCGACCUUGAACGCGACUUUGAAUUUCUAAUUUUUGGCAUCCAGCAGUAAGGAGGAGCAAAUGCAGAUCAACACCCCGGGGACCAGCUUUGUCUUGGUUGGAGACAUCAGAACAGAACCUGCGCCUCGCUCACAACGCCGAUUCUCACUGCAACCGGCCUUGAACACCACUCCAUUCACCCCAACAGCGUAACCACCCGCGCUUCCAACCCGCCAAUCAUCCAGCACCAUCCACCAUGUCGACCACCACCCCUCGCAUCCGCGUCGCCCUGAUCGGCCUGUCCUCCACAGCCACAACGGCCUGGGCAGCCAGCGCCCACCUGCCCUACCUGCUCUCCCCGGCGGGCAAGGCCAAGUACGAGAUCGUGGCGUUGCUCAACUCGUCCGAGGCGGCCGCGCGCGCCGCGCGCGACGCGUUCAACCUGCCGGCGGCCACGACGCGGGUGUACGGCGACCCGGCGGCGCUGGCGGCGGACGGCGGCGUCGACCUGGUGGUGUGCGCGACGCGCGUGGACAAGCACUACGGCACGGUGCUGGCGAGCGUGCAGGCGGGCAAGGACGCGUUCGUCGAGUGGCCGCUUGCGCACGACGCGGCGCACGCGCGGGAGCUGGCGGAGGCGGUGGCGCGGAACGGCGCAAGGUCUGUUGUUGGGCUGCAGGGCCGGGAGGCGCCGUUUGUGAAGAAGUUGCGGGCGCUGUUGGAGGAGGGCAGGAUUGGGAAGGUGCUCAGCUCCGAGGUCAGGGGGGCGGGCUUUCUGGGCUCCCGGACGACCGUGCCGGAGGGGCUGGGGUACAUCACGGAUGCCAAGGUUGGGGGAAACCUGGUCACGAUUGGGUUUGCGCACUUGUUCGACACGGUGCAGAGCGUUGUGGGCGACCUGGCCUCUGUCAAGGGCGAUUUUCACCUGCAGUUUCCGGAGAACCAGCUGGUAAAUGCGGCCGGUGAGGUCGUCAAGACAGUGCGCUCUGACGUCCCGGACCUGAUCUUCGUAUCCGGGAAGUGGGCCGAGUCGACGCUCACGCAGAAGAAUGCGACGCUGCAUUUCCGCUUGAGCAAGGGCUCGCCCUUCCCCGGCGAGCCGGCGCUGCAGUGGACGAUCACGGGCGAAAAGGGCGAGAUCCGAGUUGUCUCGCCGAAGACCAUCUUCCUCUCGAUGGGCGACCCCACUGCUCCGCCUGUGCUUGAGAUUCAUGACUUCGCGACGGGCAACGUCGAGAAGGUGGAGUGGGAUUGGGAGGACUGGCGUGCAGAUCUGCCUCUCCCGGCCCGGAACGUUGGGGCGCUGUACGAGUCGUAUGCCAAGGACAAGGGAGCAGGAGCCGCUGAGAGCUACGCGGCGUUUGCCGUUGCGCUCAAGCGUCACGAGCAGCUGGAGGGACUCCUGGCGGAGUGGCAGCCCUGAGGCUGGUCGGAUCCCUGGAGUGCGAUGGCGGCGCACUAAAUUG